AAUGUCAAGUGGGAUCAAUCCAAUAAAAAUGCGGUUGUACGUUUGCAAUUUAAGCGGCUCGAUAAUUGCUGAUGGCUCGCUGCUUAAUCAGGAAUCGGUUCCCCGUCACAGUAUGUCUUCCGAUUAGAUUAGGUAAUAAUUCGUUUAUGCCGAUUGGCAAUUUUCCCAUGAGCUUAUCAGUUGGACGAAAAUGUAUUAUCUAACCGCGUUUUUGGCCGGCUUAGCUCAGUUUUGGUUCUCGCUUCGCGAUGACACCUUGGAACGUAUUAGUACUCUUUUGUGCCAUUUCCGCAGUAUCCGGAUGGUAUAGCCACCCCAGAGCCCGAGAUGGGUACAGUUUGCCGGACUUGAUCAGUACUGACGAAAAGUUCGAAGCUUACCAGCAGCGCCAGGAUGCCGCAGUUAGGAACCCCAUUGAAGCUCCCUACAGAAUCCCCAAUUACAUCGUUCCAUUCCACUACGGACUAUGGCUUCGUACCGGAAUCCACGAAGGCAACCUGACGUUCGACGGCCGCGCGGAUUUGUACUUUAGGGUCACGAAUCCGGUGCGAACGAUUUAUGUGCACAGCCGAGGACUCAACUUGAUCAAUACAGAACUGUACAUGCUGCCUGGAGAUGACUUGGAUGGCGAUCGUGUGCUUCUUGAAAGGCCUAGAUAUACAAUCAACCAAAACCGGGAGUUUAUAAUCUUCUCAUCGCAGCGUAUUCUUGUACCGACCGAAUCAUACAUUCUACACGUGGAAUACUCCGCUGAGCUUAGAACUGAUGACGAUGGAAUCUAUGUUUCCACAUACAUGAAUGAGAACAGAGUCCGGAGACACCUGAUCGCAACUCAAUUCCAAGCCAUCAGCGCUCGGACGGCCUUCCCUUGCUUCGAUGAACCAGCCCUGAAAGCAACUUUCAAUUUGCAAAUUGUCCACGCUGAAGAGUACAGUGCCGUUUCCAACACUCCAGUCAUGGAGAUUGAAGAUUACGAAGAAGAUGGCUUCCAAGAUUACGUCACAACUAAGUUCGAGCGUACUCCUCGGAUGUCCCCGUAUCUUCUUGCUUUUCUUGUAUCUGAUUUUAAGUACAUAGCUGAGGGCAAUCAACGAGUGUUCACCCGUCCAAAUGCGAUCAACCAAACGGAAUACGCGCUAGCCUCGGGACUGAGAACGCUUCAGGCCAUGGAUGAAUACCUUGGCAUCCCGUACACUACGCACAUGAGUAAGUUGGACCAAGCGGCCAUUCCGGACUUCGACGCUGGAGCAAUGGAAAACUGGGGUCUCUGCAAGUACAGAGAAUCCCUAUUGCUGUUCGAUCCUGCCGUGACGACUUAUCGCACCCGCACGUGGAUUGAUACCAUUAUCUCUCACGAAUACAUCCAUCAGUGGUUCGGAAAUAAAAUUACCAACGAAUGGUGGAGCUAUCUGUGGCUUAACGAAGGAUUCGCUACCCUCUACGAAUACUACGGUGCACAUCUGGCUGCACCUGAAAUGGAAUACUUUGAGCUGUUCACUCUGGACGUUACCCAGUGGGCACUGGAUGCUGAUUCUCGCGAAGGAACCCGACCCAUGAGCUUCAGCAAUGGUGCCACCUUCUAUGACAUCUGGGAUCUGUUCGACAGCAUUGCCUACUCAAAAGCCGGAGCUGUCUUGAACAUGUUCCGUGGUGUGCUUGGGGAUGAAGUGUGGCGACUCAUGAGCAGCGUUUACUUGUCCGAUAACGAACUUGAAGCUGUCAAUCCGAAUGAUUUGAUUGCCGCAAUGGAAGAAGCAUCCAAAGAUAUGGACACUUUGCCCGAGGGAGUUUCAAUGCGCGAAUUCGUUGAAAGCUGGACUGAGCAGACUGGAUAUCCGGUGCUGGAGGUCCGUAGGAACUAUCGCACCGAUGAAAUCAUACUCUCCCAAGACCGAUUCUUCAACAACAAAGUCGUAAAUAAUGAUCCUACUGAAUGGAUCGUUCCAUACAAUGUGGUCAAUCAAUCCGCCGCCGAUUUUGAGUUCCUGAACUGGGAUUGGCUAACUGAACGAGCUGUCCGACUGUCAACAAACGUCCCAGAUGAUCGCUGGAUUAUGGUCAACAAGCUACAAACGGGAUUCUAUCGAGUCAACUACGACGUUCAAAACUGGUAUCUUAUCAUCGACGCCUUGAUUGCCAACUGGGCCAGCGUCCAUCGCUAUAAUCGAGCCCAACUACUUGACGAUGCGUUCCACUUGGCUCGUGCAAAUCGCCUGGAUAUGGAAGUCUUCCUGGAUUUGAUGGUCUAUUUGCAGAACGAAGUGGAAUAUCCCGCCUGGACUGCAGCAAGUCCGAUCAUCAGCUACUUCUACAACCGACUCCGCGGUACGCCCCAUUACGAACACUUCCAACACUUCAUUUACAGCUUGCUGGAACACGUCUACGGUACACUCUCGAUCGACUCAGUCAGCGAGGAUGAAACCAACCUGCACAAAUUCUUGAAGCAAACCGUGUCCACUUGGGCUUGCAGGAUUGAAAACGAGGACUGCCUGAACCGUACCCAUACGUUACUGAGUGAAACCGUGGAUCGGAGAGGGUUGGUCCACCCGGACAUCAGUGCUGUCACGUACUGCUUCGGAUUGCGUGGAUCCACCGAGCGAGAGUUCGUUUACGUGUAUGACGUGCUGAAAACAUCGGACAAUCAAGCUCUGCGGACGCUGCUGAUCGAUUCGCUGGGAUGUUCGGACGACCGGACCGAGCUGAGAGCGUACCUUUACACCGCGGUGGGUGGUGAAAUCCAAGUUAAUUACACACCGGCCGAGCGCAGACGGGUCUUGAAUGCGGUCAUCGCCGGAAGCCGCGAGGGAGUGGACGUGAUGAUUGAUUUCCUUGUCGAUCUUUAUGACUACGUGUUGCUUUAUCUUGGACAAGGUAUGCUGAACAGCUUGGUAGGAAGCAUUGCCUCUAAAACCAACAAUGAGGAAGAACUUGAAAGGUUGGAGCAUCUUCUGGGAUCGCUUGGCAGUAGCAUUCCCCCGGCUGUGGCCAACUCGGCUCGUGCAACUGCCGCCAGAAAUAUGGCUUGGACUUCGUCUCGAGAAGGGCUGAUCGUGACCAGUUUCCUGGAGAGUUUUAGCAACAACGAGCAACGGAAGAAGUGAGAUUGUUUAACGUGAACUUCGGGAGCUGUAAACUUCCAAUGGUAAUGAUGUAUGAUCGAAGAAGUUAAUUGAAAUAGAAAAAUGUUCCAAUCUAUUGUUA